AUGAUUGAAAUGAGCGUCUCCCCAUGUGCGGCUGUCGCGGGGGAAAAAGUUCACCAUUUUGUGCUUUGUGUAACUCACUCACUCUACUCGGUUUUGGGCCAGAGGCUCUCCAACUUCCCUCUGCCCGACGUGGCCCUGGUUGCCGAGCACUCAGACCCCGCGGAGCUGGGCAGGCUGCUGCAACUCGUCCGGGGAUGCGCCGUCAACUGCAAGCGCAAGCAAGAAUACAUCCAAAUCAUGAUGACGCUGGAGGAGUCCAUGCAGCACGUCGUCAUGGCAGCCAUACAGGAGCUCUUAGCUAGAGAUACCAUGUGCAGAAAAGCAGAGCUGUCUGGGGACCUGGAACAGCAGGGCGAAUGA